UUUCCACUUUGUACUUCAAGAUUCACCUUCCCUUCUCUCCUUAAAGCAUGCGCUUCUCUUUCGAGUUUCCACUAUGGCGGGACGCUCCAAUCCACAAUCAUCAAAAUGGGUCUCAGUUUUGAUCCUUACAUCAUCAAUUCACUCAUUCGCAUGUAUGUUAAGUGUGGGUCGCUCUGCAGUGCAGUGAAACUGUUUGAUAAUGUGUCGCAAUGUGAAGUUUCAGGUGAGGACGUCGCGCUUUGGAACUCUAUCAUUGAUGGGCAUUCCAAAUAUGGGUUCUUUGAGGAAGGUUUGGUUCAGUUUCGCAGAAUGCAGGUGUUGAGUGUCAAGCCAGAUGGUUACACUCUGUGUAUUCUUCUUGGGAUGUGCAAUGAUUUUCUGGGUAUUUCAUGUGGGAAGGAGAUUCAUGGUUAUGUUGUGAGAAACAUGUUUGAUGAAGACCUAUUUUUAAUUACUGCGAUGAUUGAUGUGUAUUCAAGUUCUAGUAGGCCUAUGGACGCUUGGAAUGUUUUUGAGAAGUUGGAAAAUAAGUACAAUAUAGCAGUGUGGAAUUCCAUGAUUAAUGGCUUUUGUGAAAAUGGGCUUUGGAGAAAUGGCUUGAAGCUGUACCCAUUAGCAAAAAGUGAGGGUCUUGAGUUGGUUUCCACAACAUUUUCGAGCGUGUUAACUGCAUGUUCACAGGGUGAAGAUAUAGAAUUUGGCUGUCAGCUCCACUGUGAUGCGGUCAAGACAGGUUUCGAGAGUGACCCUUACGUUAGUACUUCACUUUUAACUUUUUAUUCCAAGUGUGGAUUUGUCGAAGACGCAGAGAGAGUUUUUUAUUUGGUCAGAGACAGAGAGGUUGGAUUAUGGAAUAGUAUGAUAUCGGCUUAUGUUAAUUGUGGCUUUGCUAAUGAUGCUUUGGGUAUCUACACUGAGAUGCGUCGUAGACAGGUUGCACCUGAUUCUUUCACCAUAUCAAAUGCUCUGGUAGCAUGCAGUAUGAUUGGAUCGUUUUAUUCGGGCACUAUGAUACAUGGGGAACUGAUAAAGAGACCAUUAAAUGACAAUCUUGCCGCGCCAAGUGCUCUAUUAACAAUGUACUCAAGGCUUGGGAGUUUAGAAGAUGCCUAUAGAGUUUUCAUUCAAAUGAAGGAAAAGGAUGUGGUAGCUUGGGGUUCUAUGAUAUCAGGUAGUUGUGAAAAUAAGAAAUUCAAUAAGGCGUUAGAAUUGUACAAAACAAUGGAAUCCGAUGGUGUGAAACCAGAUGCUAAUGUUAUAGCAACUGGAAUUAUUGCUUGUGUAGGACUAAGAGAAGGAAAACUAGGUGGUUGUUUUCAUGGAUUGGCAAUUAAGGAAGGAGUGGACUUGGAUUCUUUUAUAGGUAGUACUCUGAUAGAGUUUUAUUCGAAAUGUGGACAACCAGAUAUGGCAAGAAAUGCCUUUUCAAGUGUCUUGCAAAAGAAUCUGGUGGUCUGGAAUUCUUUAAUAUCAUGUUAUUCCCAGAAUGGCCUCCCAGAUGUCUCCGUUGCUCUUCUACCUCAAAUACUGCAGGAUGGCUUGUAUCCAGACUCGGUAUCAAUCACCACCGUUCUAGCUGCAGUUUCACAGAUGGCAGCAUUGCUUAAAGGAAAGACCAUACACGGUUACCAUAUAAGAUUUCAGCUUCCCAGCGAAAUUCAAGUAGAAAAUGCUUUACUUGAUAUGUAUAUCAAGUGUGGAUGCUUCACAUAUGCACAACGGGUGUUCUAUAGCAUGUCAAAUAGAGAUGUUGUCGCAUGGAAUUCAAUGAUGGCUGGUUAUGGAUCUCAUGGUGAAUGCCAUAAAGCCAUCAACUUGUUUCAUGAAAUGAGAAAUUCAGGAAUAGCCCCUGAUGAGAUAACGUUCCUCUCCCUUAUCUACUCUUGUAAUCAUUGUGGUUUCAUUGAUGAAGGUCUAAAUCUAUUUCAGUUGAUGAAAGAACACAGCAUCGAGCCAAAAAUGGAGCAUUACAUAAAUAUAGUGGAUCUCCUAGGUCGCGCUGGACGCCUAAAUGAUGCUUGUGGAUUCAUAGAGAAUAUGGUCAUUGCACCUGACCGAGGCAUUUGGCUCUCUUUAUUGUCCGCUUGUCGAGUUCAUCGAAAUGUUGAGCUUGGUGAAUUGGCUGCGGACAACCUAUUUAAAAUGGAGCCGACAAGAGGGAGCAAUUACAUUCAAUUAUUGAACUUGUAUGUAGAAGCAGGACUAAAGGAACAGGCUGCAAACUUGAGGACAAUGAUGAGGCAGAAGGGAUUGACAAAGCUCCCAGGUUGCAGUUGGAUUGAAGUGAAAAAUAAGGUUGAUGUUUUCUUCUCAGGGGAUUCAUCCUCUCCCAGGACAGUAAAGAUUUAUGAGACUCUUGAUAGUCUUAGGAAUAGCAUGAAGAGAAAGGAAUGUCAUUGUGAAGCAGGUGAGACAAUAUAUGAACCAGGAUGAAGGAUGUGCAAGUUUAGUGAAAACAGUGAGCGGCUUGAGGUCUCGCAUAGCACUGUGACUGGCCGAUCUGAAGAAAAACUUCUAUUCCAUUUCUAUCUGAAAUUUUAUCAGGUUCUAGCUGGAAGAUUUAAUCCUAGAGUUGGGCAGAUGGAGAAUUAGCAAUGAUACAGCAGGCCUCAUACUGCUGGUCAGGGCUUUGUUGAAGAUUGGUUUCAAUAGUUUGGUGAAUUGCCGUGUGCUAAAGAAGUCGUAAUGACAGAUUGUGAAGUGCAUGCAAAAAUAAAAACAAAAUACAAACACAAGACUGACAAAGUUGCCGUGGUUUGGAGUAUGCUCCUUCGACUAUGGCAGCUCAAGUUUCUCUUAUUAGGACAGAGUUUCAACAGUUAUAAUAGUUAGCCAUCCAUCAAGGAUUUAUACUAGAACAAUUGAAAAGUAUGGCAGAUUAUAAAUUUGCCUGCAAAAUGUGGCAUUUGAUCAGAUUUCACACACCAGCACUGGUGGCCUUCACAGUAGGACUAUAUGAGAAGCACUUUGUAAUCAAGAAUUGCAUUAAUGUUUCAAGUUUCACUGUAAAUUAGCAGAUACAGAAGCCGCGGCUUGUUAGAUGCUCGUGUGCAUAUUUUAUCAGACAACAAGAGCCUCACGUGCAUCUAUUGCAGAAUGACUAAAAUCUUCUUUGGAGACCAAAGAUAAAUUCUUCCCCUGUUUUUUCAUUAUAAGGCCCUUAUCUUCACUUGUAUUUCCCCCCACCCUCCAUGCACUGUUCUGAUUAGUGUACCUUAAAUUCUUCAUGUGAUAAAGCAUAUACUUGAGUUCCAAUCAAGAUAUCACACAACAUCAACACUACCAAAUUACAGGUAGGCCAAAUAUCCUGAAAACCAAAACGUAAGAGUUGCUUUUCAGAAUCCAUAAUCUUGUAUAACAGUAGUAAACUUGUAAAAGGCCUCAACAAAGUUCAGAAACAGUCAGUAAGUUACUAGAUAUUUCCUCAUGAACUCUAGUCAGUACACCGUAUCCAAAACUUUUUGCAACAUGAUACUGGAAAUAGGGUCUUAGGGAAGGCAGUUAAUUUGUUUCUCCGAUUUUCACUAUGUUGUAUAUAAAUUUCUGUUGGUUCUUUACAGGGUAAAAAGGGAAGGCAUAAGGAGGAUCUAGUAAAAACUUAUG